UUUGUCCAAGUCCCUGAAGAUGUUGCUCUUCAUCUUGCUUUUGCUCUUCAAUUUCAACCCAUCUCUGAGCCUAAAAAUCUGCUCCUUCAAUGUGAGGUCUUUUGGAGAAACAAAAAUAGCCAGACCUGAAGUUGUCGAUGCCGUGGUAAAGAUAAUUUCUCGCUGUGACAUCAUGUUGCUGAUGGAAAUAAAGGAGAACAAGAACCGGGUUUGUCCUCUCCUGGUGGAGAAGCUCACCAGUCAGCUGAAGGGGACGAAGGAGGAAUACAGCUGCAUGGUCAGCGAGAGGCUGGGAAGGAAGAGCUACAAGGAGCAGUACGCCUUCAUCUACCGGCAACAUCUGGUGUCGGUGAAACAAACCUACCAGUACCCUGACACCCAGCCUGGGGACGAGGAUGUCUUCUCCAGAGAGCCCUUUGCCAUCUGGUUCCAGUCUCCAAAAACCGCUGUCAAAGAGUUUGCUAUAAUUCCUCUGCACACCACACCAGAGACAGCGGUGCGGGAGAUUGAUGAGCUCUAUGAUGUGUAUUUAGACAUAAAACAGCGCUGGAAAACCGAGAACGUCAUCUUCAUGGGGGACUUCAAUGCUGGAUGCAGCUACGUUCCUCAAAAGCAAUGGAAGAACAUCCGGCUGAGGACUUACUCCGAAUUCAUCUGGUUAAUUGACGACAAAAACGACACAACAGUGAAGAGAAGCACAAACUGCCCGUAUGACAGGAUCGUGGUCAGUGGGCAGAAGCUCGUCCACGCCAUCGUGCCACACUCUGUCAACAUCUUUGAUUUCCAGAAGGACUUUCAGAUGACUGAGGAGCAGGCUUUGGGAGUGAGCGACCACUUCCCUGUAGAGUUUGAGUUAAAAACAAAAGGUGGCUUCUUCAACUGGCUGAAAACACAGUUUUCAAAGAAGAGGAGACCAAGGAAGAGCCACCACUCACGCUCAUGA